AACACAAAGCCAAUGGCUUUCACCUUCUGCAGGCACACACCCAAUCAAAUCAAAUCCCUCUCACCAAAAAAACCAACCCCAACUUACUAGGAAUCAAGUUACAAUCCCAAUCCCAAUUUCAAUUGACAGAGAGAGAGAAAAAAAUUCCAUAAAAAACAGCUCAAAAAGCAAUCCUUCUUUCCAACGGGUGCCAUACUAACAUGGUUUCCCAUAAAUCAUAAUCAUAGAAGAAAUCUCCACAUCCCAUUAAUGGCGAUCCUCAAUACUCUUCUUCUUAUUCUGUUGAUUCUUCUCCCUUCGCCGCCCUCAGUCUCUACGGCCAUUCUCUGAUCGGCUCCAAGCUUCAAUCCAGAUUGAGGAAUUCUGGCUUGCUUCUCGAGAAACAGCGCGUUCGAUUCAUGGGAUUGGGCUUGGCUUCUCGAACGUUCUGCUGAUGGGGCUGAGGAGGAGAAACUGGUACGAUUAUUCCAUCAUCUGGGUGAUUGUUUUUUCUUUAUUGAUGUUGAUUUCGUGCUGUGUUUGCUUGGAAGAUGCUGAUUCUUUUGGUGGGUUUGUUCAUAAAUUUGUCAAUAACUCUGUCCCAAAGCCCAGAACAGGGCUUGUAUAUAACAUCACUCUCACUUCCAAUUUUUCUGGGGUUCAAGUUUCCUAUAUUAGAUUGAGAAGUGCUAGCUUCUGGGUUAGAGGAGUGAAUUUGAGUUGGGUUUCAAUUCCUCCAAGAGUCACUCUAGUCCCUUUUGUGAAGAGAAUAGCCAUUGUUUUUGAGAAUUUGGGGAAUUGGUCUUCUAUUUUCUACCAAGUUCCUGGCUACACUCUUGUUGCUCCUGUGAUUGGGUUCACUGUCUAUGAUUCUUCUUCCAAUGCCACCACAUUGGGGAAAAGGAAACUCCAUCUUCACAUCAUGGGGGGAGGCCAAAUUUUGGUUAAGUUUCAUCAUAAAGUUGAGUUUGGGGAUAAGGGUAUUGUGCCACAGUGUGUGAAGUUUGGAGCUGGUGGGGUUUUUCAAUUGAAGAACAUGACAGGGCCAAGCUUGUGCUCUGCCACUGAUCAUGGCCAUUUCUCUCUGGUUAUUCCAACUCCUCAUGUGAAGGAGAAGAAGAAGGGUGUGUUGUGGGAAUGGUGGGUGGUUGGUUUUGGAGGGGGUUUGAUUGGGUUAGGUUUAAUGGGUUUAGUUUUGAUUUGGGUUUUGAGGGUUGUGAGGAUGAGAAACAUUAAGGAUAUGGAGAAGGCAGCUGAAAGAGAGGUGUGUUUUGAUACUGUUUGGAUUGGAAAAAGUAGAAUGCCCUCUGCUUCAAUGGUGAGAACAUUACCAGCCCUUGAAAAUAGUUAUGUUCCUUGAUUGAUUCUUUCUUGAAAAGUAACUAGUGUCGGUUGGAGUCCCGACUUUCUGAUGUGGUAUAUUUUUUUCGGCUAAAAAAUUUUAGUGGGAUCUACUUAUCUAGGCCAAUAAAAAUACGUCACGUGAGAAAGUCAGUAGUAGCUCUUACUGACGAGUGUGUAGACAAGUAUUGUUUUAUUUUUCUUUCUUUUCUUUUUUGGGUGGGAGGGAGAGUCUUUCUCUUUGUACAUCUGUUCUAUUGCAUACUGUUAUAGAUGUAUUCAUAGUUUCACAUCAUUGAGAUAAGAUUACUCAA